AUGGUUGAAAGACCAUUACCUCACUACUCGAAAAUUCGUCUUCCAGCGUCGGCUGACGAUCUUAUAAAUGAUAAGCUACCACAAACGGAAUAUCGGAUCGUUCAUGACGAAAGCGAUAGUGAUGAAAUAGAGGAGGUGGUUGAGGCGCUGUCGAGGUGUACUGUACAUAACAAGCAUAACGAAGAUAACAAUAAUGAAACCGUUUUAAAACUUAAAGCUUUCCUCACGCAAAUUACUACUGAUUCGGGUAUUAAUGAUCAGUAUACAAUAUACCCAAUGAACGCAAAAAGAAUCGGUAACGAAUCUGCAUUGAAACUCUAUAAAAUGUUGAAAAUUGAAGAUAUUCAGAACGAACUGCAGUAUUUGUUCUUUCUUCUGAAUGAUGCUAACUACCGACAAUUGAACAAUGGAAUGUAUUAUACGAUGAUGGUUGCUAAUCCACGAGAGAGGUACACUGCUGGUAGGUACUUGAACGAAUUGAAAGACAAUCAGUUGGAAUCGAAUUUAAUGAGUAUUUUUGCAAAACUGAGAAAUACGGAUCAAUUUUGGCGACAACCGUCCAAUAAUGUAAAGUGUAUGACUCUGCAUUAUGGUCCGGCGACGUGGUUUUUAACUUUAAGUCCUAGUGAACGGAAAUGGUCCGAUUUGGCUGAAUAUUUACGAGACAUGAAUUCCGAUAAGGAGAAGUUGGGUAUCAGCGAACUAAUCGCAUACGAUCCGCUACCUAUUACCCAUGAAUCCAUGGCAAAGUAUACGCACUUGUCAGAUAUGGUUUUGAAAACUUUGAGAGAGAAAUUAAAGAAUUUCGACUUAUUUAUAAUCGAUGAGGUUUCCAUGAUUUCGAAUGUGACACUGAUGUUUAUUAAUUUACGAUUAUGUGAAAUUUUCGACACGACAGAUACAGAUGACGGUUUUUUUGGCAGAAAACACAUUCUUCUGUUUGGAGACUUGUUGCAGCUUCCCCCUGUAAAAGAACAAUUUCCGUUCGUUAAAAUGUCUCGAUCAGAGAUUCAGAAGUAUUUAAGUACCAUGGGUGGAUCUGAUUUGUGGAGAUUAUUCGAAUACGAUGAACUUUUGAUUAAUAUGCGACAAAGAUGUGACAAUACAUACCGCGAGAUACUUUCUAGAAUUCGGAUAGGUUUGGUAACGGAUUCUGAUAUCAAUGUUCUCCAGUCGAGAAAAAUUAAUUUCAAAGGAAGUUGCGAUGAAAGAUUGAAUGAACUUUGCACUUAUAUGAAUCAAUUACCGGUUGAUACAAUAUGUUUAUUACCCACGUGUUAUUUGUGCACGACUUUGAACACGGCGAUGCUCGAUAAAAUUAAUGGCGAUGAAAUUCUACUGAUAGCAGAAGAUGAUGUCGACUGUGCUCCAGCAAUGAAGAAAAAAGUGCACAAAAUUUUAAAAGACAAAGAUGAAAAAGUUUCGGAAACAGCUGGUAUUGAAAGAGUAAUAGCGAUUAAAAUUGGCGCUAAAGUGAUGAUUCGACGAAACAUUGAUAUCACCUUGGGACUUGUCAAUGGAACAAUAGGCAUUGUAAUUGCGAUUCAUCGCUCUAUUGAUGGAAAUCGUAUUGAUUCCGUUACAAUAGUUACUUCUGAUAAUAAACAAGUCAUAAUAACGAGAGUAGAUAUUAAAUUCGAAGUAUUCCACAAAAUAGUGGUACAUCGGAAACAAUUUCCAUUGUCUCUCAGUUAUGGAAUAACUGUACAUAAAAGUCAAGGAAUUACGUGUAAAAAUGCAAUGAUGGAUUUAGGAACGACGAUUAGUGUUAACGGUUUCACCAGGUUUUAG